AUGGACGAAGACAACAAGUCACCAGCUUGUGUGCCUGAUAAGAUUGGAGAAACAACUCUAUUCUCUGUGGAAAAAUCAACGUUAGGGAUUGAUCCCUCAGGUAAAAUGGAAGACAGUAGUCCUAGUGUUAGUGACAUCCAUGCCAACGAUAUGAAUGGCUCUCACGAGAACACAGUUGCAGCAGAAGAUAAAUCUGGCUACAAAAACUUGGGCCGCAGGCAAAUUGCUGAAGUUGAGACAGUUGGUCCUACCAAAGAUGCAAGAGAAGGGAAAAACCUUUCUAUUAAGAGAGCAAAAUCUGGUGGGGAUCCGGACAAAGACAGGCUGAUUGCCAAUUUAAAAACUCUCCAGGACUAUCUUUGCUCUUUCACUUCACAGGGUCUGACCGUUGCUAACAUAUCUGCCAGAACCUUCCCUCAAACAUUAGAUUGGCUCCACGGUUAUCCUUUUCAGUCAAUAUGUAGGGAUUUUCCUCCUGUGUCUAAACUCCUCUCCUUGGCAAUUGAUCCUUCAAGUGUAUUGAGCAAGAAAUUUCACCAGUGUCCAAUGAAAACGAUCGGCAGCCAGCUCAAAAUUGAAUUACUUGAAAAGAUGUAG